UCACGUAAUAUUUAUACAAUUAUAGUUUUUAUUACAAAUUUAUAAUUUUUUUAUUUUCCUGUAUUUCUAAAUCAUGUCUUUCGAAACCACUUUGAUCGAAGAAGAUGGCUUUGGACGUGUACCAAGACCAUACAGUGCCGCGUUGAAGAAACCGUACGAAAUUAUUAGAAGGUACACUCUGAUGAAUAAAAACAACGCAACUGUUCGUCUGAUAUCCUGGGGCGCUAGUAUUCAAUCGAUCAGGAUUCCCAAUCGAGAAGGUAAACUGGCCGAUGUCGUCCUAGGAUUCGAUGACAUGAACGGGUAUUUGAAGAACAGAUAUAUGGGAAGCAUCAUCGGCCGUGUUGCUAAUCCCAUUUCUGCUAAUUUGAAAUUCCAUGAUGCAACGCAUCUUUCGUCGAUCAAUGAUGAGAUCGGAAAGGGGUAUAACGGGAGAACGUUCGACAAUGUCAAUUGGCAGUCGCAAAUAGUGAACAAUCAAGUGGUGAUGUCGCAUCUGAGUCGAGAUAACAGCGAGGGUUAUCCCGGUGACAUGUUGACCCAAGUUAAAUACACGUGGACGGAUGAUAAUCAACUUCACAUUAAUGUCCGCGCCACCAGCACAAAAUUCACCCCCGCCAAUGUCACCAAUUACUGUUUGUUUAAUCUCGCCGGACACAGUGCGGGUUCUAAGGAACUAGAGAAACACGUGCUCACGGUGAAUGCCAACAGUUGGCUCCUUAUAGAUGCAAAAAACUUACCGACCGGCACCAUAUCUCCUGUCGAUGGUACAUCACUAGAGCUGCGCUUACCCGCACAGUUGAAUCGACGUCGGUUGUACGAUAUACCAGGCGGAGGUUACAAUCACAGUCUGUGUGUCAAUAGUCCGAGUUGCUGGACUUACCGUUUCCACGCAAGAAUUGUGCAUCCUACUUCCGGACGAUUUUUGGAAGUGUAUUCAAAUCACCCCGUGUUGCACGUUUAUACGGGCAAUGAGUUACCGGAUUCCGAACGCGUUUAUUUUUCCGAUUUAAAGGAUCACAGACGGGGAGAUUGCGAAAACGCACGAGUUGAGUCUUUAGAAUUGAUCUCCUUAAAUAGUAGAGCAUCAAUUUGUCAAGAAACGGCAACGUACAAGCUCCAAUUGCUUGAGAAAUCUCACGUCACCAUCAAGGGGAAAUUAAUGCAAAAGUACUCGACAACAUUCGCGCUUGAUCUUUCAAAACUGCACCUAUUUUGUGACUUUCUGAUUUUCAACAAAUCGGCGAUGGAUCUCUCAGCCCGCUCGAGAUCGGUCUCUCGAAAGGGAGACCGUCUUCGAAAAGAUGCGCCGCGACGGGACUCAACGCGAGACUGAAGCGGCAGAUUGUAGACUCGAAGAGAGGGCUCAUCUGGAAGAGCUCUCUCUCUUUUUCUCUCUCUCUCUCUCUUUCUUUCUCUCUCUCUCUCUCUUCAGCAUCUUCGGCCAUCCUUAUCUCUUGCCUUCUGUCU